AUGGCGUCCGCCCUGGAGGUGGCUCUCCUGCCGGGCAAGCGGCACUGGCGCGAGGUCAACGACGUGGUCAAGGCUCAGCUGGCCCCCGGUGGCACUUUGCUCGGCUGCCUGGAGCUCGACGGGACGCUGGUGUUGUGGGACCCGGCCGACGAGGAGGCUGCUCCAGUCUUGCUGGACGGAUGCUACCAGGACUUUCGCUGGGAGGAGCCUGUGAUUGCUGGGCCUGGAGGAGGCGGAGCCAAGCGCUUGCUGGCAGUGGGCUCCAGCUGCCAGCUGAGGAUGUUGGAGGUGGACGCCCGGAGAGGAAUGUCGCUCUCAGUUCGCCCAGCUGGCGAGUGUCCUGCACAGCGCCUCCUGCAGGACGAGUGUGCGCACGCCCCGCGGGUGGCGCGCGUGCUGUCAUUCGCGUCGGGACGCUGCCAAGUGUUCCUGGACGGCGACCGUCUGCUGCGGCUGGAGUGGUCGCCCGGGCAGAAAGCCGCACGGGCGCUCAGCUGCUGCCGCCUGAGCCCGGCGAAGGGCGGUAGCGGCGCGGCGGCCGUGGUCCGCUGCUGCGUGCGCCAACACGUCGCCUUCGCCCUCGGCGAGAGCGGACUCGUCUCCAUCUACGAUGUCACCGACGGCGACCUGCUGGCCUUCGUGGACGUUCCCGCCUACCUGAGCGGGGGCCUCACGGCGGCGACGGAGACGGCCGCCUCGUGGUCACGAUUGCGUCACCUGGAGGUCUCGGCCGACAUGAGCACAGCUGUCGUCUUGACGUGCGACAACGCCGCCGCCGCCAUCGACCUUGACCACUACUUCGGGAGGAACCCCGAGCACCUGCUGUGUCAGGCCACGCCCACCGGCCCGCCCCUGAGACCCCAGCAACCGAUGGACGAGGACAACGUGACGAGCGCCAACUGCAGCCUGGCCGCGCUGGGACGCGACUUCAAUGCUGACCGGUCUUGGGGGUCUCGUCUGGCGUCCAUGUUCAACGCGGCCCAGAAGUCUUCCUCGCCCUCGGCGCUGCGACCGGUCGCCGCCUCCUGGUCCUCGUCGCUCCCACGCCACGGGUCCCUCCCGGCCGCACCCCCGGCCCGCGCCAGAGUCCCCGCGGGGGGCGUCGCCGUCGCCCUGGCCGUCCCGGAGUCGUCCGUCCCGUCUUUGCUGUCCGUCUGCGACUUCUCUGCUAUGUUGGUGCUAGCGUCCCCCGCAAACAUGCGGACCACCGCCGUCCUGUGGGACUUGGGGUCCGGGAGCGUGAGCUACCACCAGGCGGCGGCGGCGGCGGCGGUGGAAUUGUGUGGACAGAAACAUCACGCUGUGCUCCUCAAGAAGUCGGGAAUGUUCCAGGUUUUGUUCUCGGUGUCGCAGCGGGAGCUCCUCAGCAGCUUGAUGAUGUUCGGCAGCGCGGCCACCGCGGACGCGCUUUGUCACCUCAACAAAUGGGGGCGCUGCUCCAUCCCCAUCCACUCCCUGAAGGCGGGAGUUAAGAACCGGCAGCUGGACACGGUGGACUUCUACCUGAAGAGCAAAGAAGAUCUUCUGACGGCGCCCAGCGACGCCGGCUUCACGGAACGCGUCCAGACGUUAUGUCCCGCCUUGGACCUGCUGUGUGCCGCCAUCAGGGAAUCGAGCAACGACGCGCAGAGCCGCCAGUUCUCGGAGCAGCUGCUCAACGUCACGCUGAGUUUCGUCAACGCGCAGAUACGCUACGUGCUAACGCACAAGAACUAUGAGGACGAAGAUGUGCGUGGAUGCGUGGACGUUCUGAGCGAGUACCUGACAGAGCUCAGGACCUUCUUGAAGAAAUAUCCGUGGCCUGCACACGGCACCAAAGACCGCAAAGAGCAAGCAUCCGUGGAGGAGGAGGAGGACGAAGAGUGGGAGGGGCUUCACACAGAGGAAGUGGUCCGCCUGUCCGUUCUGACCAAUCAGAUCCCCAGAGCCCAGGCGGUGUUUAGACGGCGAGGCCUCCCCGAGGGGCGUCUACCGGCCCUGCGGGCGAUGGGUCUGCGCCUGGUCUACUCGUGUCUGCAGGGACGAGACCUUCUGACCGCCAUCACGCUCCUCACCAACAUGGGUUUCAACGUGAAGAAGGAACUGCAUCGCAUCUGCGUCUACACGCACGACAGGGACCUCAGGGAGUUUGUGGGGGAGGAGCUGCGCAGACGGCGUUACUUUUCCGAGGAGGAGCUGGGCAGCGUGGCGUUCAUCAAGGAGGCGACGCAUUUGGCCUCUCUACCGCUUCACCGCCACGCAGACGGCGCUUCGGGGAGCAGGCCGCUACAGUUGGUCCUGCGCGAGGAAGCAGCGGGAGGCGGGAACGUCCUGGAGGAAUUGCUGGGACAGAAAAUGCGUGAGCAGCAAGAGGCGGGGCUUUGGCAGGAAGUGAGGCUGGAUUGGGUGAUGAACUGGGAACAGAGCAGCAGGGCGGCCAUCUUGUUGUCCAGACGCCAGCGUUGCGAGUUAACCUGGUGCGAGGGCGCGGUGCUGUGGGGUCACAUGACCUCGUUGCACAACCACGCCGCCCUGGUGUCCUGGAUGGAGAGCGGCGAGGCCUCUGGCGCCGCCCGGUGGCCAAAGCUGACAGCGGACGUGGUCAACGGCAACACGCUGAGCAGCCGUUUCCUCAGGGAGGAAAUCCUGGACACGCUCGCCAGGCGGGGCGUGUUCAUCCCUGACGAGCUGUCUGACCUGGAUCAACUUUUGUGGCGCGUAGCUCAGGCCGGCGGUCUGAUGUCGUCGCCGCCGCCCGUCCCUCGGCACAUCGGCCUGGACUUCCAUUCGCGGGUCAUCGGUUGGUGUCUGGAGCGCCACCUGCAGUUUCUCCUCUACGCCUACCUGGAGCACUACAGGUUGACUCCCAGGAACUGCCCUGUGCUGUCCAACGGAGGGCCGACUCACUCCCAGCCCUGGUCGGAGUUGAUGGUAAAAAUGCAAGAGAUCACCACGAACCUGACAGAGCCGGCGCUGGUCUACCAGGCCAGUUUGACGUGCGCUCAAGUUCUUCUACCAGGAAGUCCGCCGUCGCUCAGUUCUCUUCUUCUGGAGGGUCACAGCCUCCUCGCCCUCGCCACCAUCAUGUUCGCCCCAGGGGGCAUCGACCAGGUGGUGGUGCAGGGUGAAAAUCGUUCCCGGGCGGAGUGCUCCGUGGACCCACAGCUGAUGAAGAUGGCGCUGAUGGCGUACCCCAAACUGAAGGCAGCGCUGUUCCCGGCAGGACCGCGAGCGCCCGGCCCCUUCACAGACGUGUCCGUGUACCACCUUCUGCAGGCACUGCAUCCUCUGGACCCUUGCCGACUGUUCGGCUGGCAGGCGGCAAACUCUCUGAACUCCGUCGAAACCACGGAGCUACCUCACUUCUCCAGCCCGCACCUGGUGGAUGCCUUCGCCCUGGUAGAGCGGCUGGACUUCCCGUACUACCUGCGACGCGGCCGGCCGGCCGUCGCCUUUGCCACCUUCCUGCUGCAGCAGCUGAUCGGCUGCCAGCGCGUCGGCCCAACUUUGCAGCAGGCCCGGCAGCGGGUACACGUUUUGGCGGUGCGGAAUUUCGACUCGCCGUCGGCGGUGUCUGCCGCAGUUUGCUUCUGUGAGCUUCUCGGCCUCGGCAGCCACCGAAUGCGAGUGGACGUCAAGGUCCUCAACGCCGUCUGGACGCACUGGAAACUCAAGCAAACGCACUGUGGACACACGUGGCCUCUGCACACCCUGGUGUCCAAAGGUGUCAAGCUGGUGGAGGCGGAGCCAGGAGCAGCGGAGGAGCUGAUUGGCUACCUGGAAGCAGCUGUGAUUGACAGCCUGGAAGUCAAAGAUGUCAACAGAUGUUCGUGGGAGGCGGCUCAGGAUUGGUCGUUGCCAGUGGAGUUUUGUCGUCUUCACGGACUUCCUCUCAGCAGCAUUUAUCCCGCCCACUGUGCGCGUGACGGACACUUCCUCCACUUCCUGUUGUUCGUACAACUUCAUCACUUCACGGCACAGCAGGUUGGCUCUCUGGUGUCUCAGUUUAGUCCCGCCCUCCAGGACCACCUUCACGUGGCGUUUGGUGAGCUGCCGUUCUACACCCGGGGGUCCUCGGCGGCGCCGGCGUCCCCCCGAGGCCUCUUCCAGUUGCUGCUGCGGAGUCAGGAGGAGGCGGAGCCUAGCAGGUACCUGCUGCAGGAGGCGUUGACGCAUCGCAGCCACUCAUUGGCCGUGCUCGCUGCCUGUGUACAGGAGGCAGGGCUUGUGCCGUGCCUGUGCACGUGGCUUCUCACAGUCAUCGACGACGUCACCGCCCGGGAAGUCGCCACCCGCCUGUCGUCUCCCCUCGAGCCCCAUCGGUGGACCCUGCACCACCUGUCAGUCAUCUGGAGGACCCUCCUGGGCCGGGGCCUGCUGGGGGCCCAAACUCUCCUACGGGGGUUCCAACUCUUCAUGCGGGACUGCCCCCUGCUGGACGUGCUCAGCAUGUUCUUGCUCUGCUGCGACCACAAGAACUUCACCGAAGCCAAAGUCAAACUCCAAAACUUCCACACAAACAUCACCAAUCUGAGCAUCAGCGGCGAUGCGCCCCCUGGUGGUCUGCCGCUGCAGUGGCUGUGUAGCGAGGCAUGGUUUUUACUCUUACACUUGUGUCAGUGUGCGCGCUCACACUUUGAGCUGCGGCGCCUCCUGCAGGUCUUGGCUGACGUCGACAUGAUGAACAAGGACAACGGUCUCGACUUCAGGAAGCUGAGUCAGCUGAGUGACCUCCUGCAGGGUUCAGGAGUGGCAGUGUCUCCCAGGUUGUUGCAAUGUAAUUCGUCCUCCGUCCAGCAGGAGGAGUUCCAGGCCACUGUCGACGCUUUGCAGGCGAGAGGAUUCUACGCACGAGCACAAAGCGUCGCCACGCUCGCGCAACUUCCUGUACAACGGCUGCUCAUGUGUCAGCUGGUCCAGGAGCUGGAGCUUCAGCGUUCCACGCGCCAGUGGUCCCGGCUAGAGAGUCGCGUGUGCUUUUGGAGGAAGUGUCACCAACAGCUGGAGGACGAGCACGUGGAUCCCGACUCGGCUGCGCGCUUUUACCUGUCCCAGGCGGACUCCGCGUUGUCCGAGUCGUCGACGGCCUCGGAGUUUCAGUCGGAGCUGCGGGCGGCGCGAGAAGGCUGCCUGCUGCUCGCCGCGGCCGCCCGCUGGCUGUCGCUGCGGCAGCCGGCUCCAGUGGAGCAGAUGGAGAGCCUGGAGAAGAGGCUGUGGGUGGGCCGCGUCCGACAGCACGCCCUGGUGGCCGCCAUGCGGAGGGAGAGCGUCUUCAACCUCCUUCCGCCGGACGUCAACGCGUACGACCUUUUCAUGAAGGACUUUUCCUUCUGCGACAUUCCGGAGCUCCGCCCGGACGCGCUCCUCAGCCCGGAAGGACUUCCCGGUCCGGCCGAGGAACGCGCGGACGCGGAUCCGCUCCUUGAACCGGCGGAGAAGAAGACGCUGGCGCUGCUGCUGGACGCCGCGUUGGACGCGGGAAGCGUCCACGAAGUCAGCCGCGCCUGUCGAUACUUCUCGCUCUACCAUCCAGAUCUCUGGCUGCUUCUGCGCUGCCGAGCCCUGGCGUCCGGAGAACUCGGACCCCAAACCCACCAGAUGCCGGAUGAGCCCGAAGUGCCCCCCCGGAGGCUCCUACACGCCUCGCCGUCUGUGAGCAGCUUGUCGUCCUUCGCGCUGCUUCCUCCUCUUGCCGAAGACGACGUCGCCGUCCAGUUGCAGAAGAUGGCUGAGCAGUGUCACCAUGGUAACGGCUACUGCAAACAAGUCCUCAUCCUCUACCAGCUCUCCAAGGAGCUGCAGUGUCCCUUUACGGAGCUGAGCAGCGAAGAUCCCGGCCGCGUUCUCGAGAAGCUUCUGCUGCGCGAUCAUCCCGAACGCUUCCGGAACGCUCAAAUGUUCAUCCGAGCUCAGAGUUUCUCCGCCGACGUCUUAGCCGCGAUGGUGGCGGCCGCGUUGGUGCGCGCCAAGCAGGAGCAGCACGCCCACCAGAUGCAAAGUGAGAGGCAAGCGUUCCGGCCAGCGGAGGGUCGGGACUCGCUGGUCCAGCUGAUUACUUUGUGUGAGGAUCCUAACCUGGUCGGACUCAAAGUUCUGGAAAAGCUGAAGGGCGUGCCGCUGCGGGACCUCGGCUGCAUUGUGGAGUUGCUGAUCGUGGCCCACGACUGCUUCAGCGUGACGUGUAACAUGGAAGGAAUCGUCAGAGUCCUGCAGGCCGCCAGGCACUUAAGCCACGCCUACUUGGCGCCCGGCGAGCACUACGGCCUCUUGGUGCGCGUGCUGACGGGAAUUGGCAGAUACAACGAGAUGACGUACGUGUUUGACCUGCUGCAUCAGAACCAUCGCUUUGAGAUGCUGCUCGGGAAGAAGACGGACAUGGACAGGGGACAGAGUUCGAGCCUGAAGACGGCGCUGCUGGACUACAUCAAGUGCUGCCUGCCGGCGGACAGCGAGAAGCACAACAUGGUGGCGCUGUGUUUCAGCAUGAGGCGCGAGAUCGGCGAGAACCACGAGAUGGCGGCCCGGACGCAGCUCAAGAUUAUCCGGUCUCAGGCCUGGGUGUCGUCGCCGGAGCUCAAAAGUUCUCUGCUCAAAGUUUUGUCUCUGCUCAAGGAUGCCGCAGAGAGCUUCGCCAAGGACUCGUGCGUGCAUCAGGCCAGUCGCUGCGUGCGAUUGGCCAAGCUUGUCACGCUUCAGCUGCACUUCCUCGAUCAAGGCUCCGCCCUCCGCUUGGUCAACCUGCAGCCUGCUGAUAUGAUGGACGCCGCCGUGGCGCUGCCCAGAUGCUACCAGGUGUUGGUGUUGUCGGAGGCGUACGGCUACAGUCCGGACUGGGCGGAGCUGGUGUACCAGAAGACGGUCCUUAACGCCGACUUUGCCUACUUGGAUGAGCUGAAGAGACUCCGCCCACUAACCUCUGGCCUCUUUGAGGACAUUUUUAAGAAGCUGGACGGCGCCCCCUGUGGCAUGACCGCGAACGUGCGUCGCCUACUGACGUAUUGCGACGACAUUUACCUGCGCUACCGCCUGGCGUACCGACAACAACUCGACGAUGUCACCAAGACGCUGCUGCAGGACGCCGCCGCCUCCAGCUACCUCAACGAUGCAAUUGGCGCGCACUGACGCACCAAACGUUACACAAAGAGACAAGGACAAGGCUCGUGACUCAAAAUCACUCAGAUCUCAUACUAUGACAUCAUAUACAGUGGACCCCCGCAUAUUUACCUUUUUUCAAUUAUUUUUAAAUUAAAAAAAAAAACAGAACCAUCUAUCUAUGAUACCCUAUCCUAUGACAUCACACACAAUAGAUAUUUUGUCUCAAAUAAAGUUGCACAAGGAACAAACUGCUGAGUCACUCCAAAGUCAGGUGUCGUCAUCUUUGGGCGUGUUGAAGUGUGUGAGAACGUCGUCGUCAUCUCAGGUGUCAAACGUGUCGGGUUUCUUCUUCUUAUCACCUUUCAUCGACUACUUCCUGUCAAAGUCUUUGUGCUCUUCUUGCAUGUGGCGAUGGGAAGCGCAGCAUCUGCCGCCGGGGGUUGCUGGGGUUGAGGUCACCGAGUGUCCGAGUUGACAUGCCUCUGCAACAUCGUGUGGACAUCGGGGACAGUGCCUCUGGAUUGGGAGACUGGGGUGGUGGUCCACAGGGUGUGUUCCAACUACAAGGAGAUCACACUCCUCAGCCUCCCUUGUAAGGGCUAUUCAGGGGUGCUGGAGAGGAGGGUCCGUCGGGAAGUUGAUUCAGGGACGAGCAGUGUGGUUUUCGUCCUGGCCGUGGAACAGCUCUACACCCUUGGCACGGUCCUCGAGGGUGCGUGGGAGUUUCGCCCAACCAGUCUACGUGUUUUGUGGACUUGGAGAAGGCGUUCGACCUUGUCCCUCGGGGAGUCCUGUGGGGGGUGCUUCUGGAGUAUGAGGUACCUGAUACGGGCUGUUCGGUCCCUGUACGACCGGAGUUAGAGUUUGGUCCGCAUAUCCGGCAGUAAGUCGGACUCGUGUCCGGUGAGGGUUGGACUCCAGCAAGGCUGCCCUUUGUCACCUAUUCUGUUCAUAACUUUUAUGGACAGAAUUUAUAGGCGCAGCUGAGGUGUAGAGGGGGUCCGGUUUGGUGGCCUCAGUAUUGCAUCUCUGCUUAUUGGAGAUGAUGUGGUUCUGUUGGCUUCAUCACGCCGUGAUCUCCAACUCUCACUGGAGCAGUUCGCAGCACCUCCAAAUCUGAGACCAUGGUCCUCAGUCGGAAAAGGGCGGCAUGCCCUCUCCGGGUCGGGGAUGAAAUCCUGCCCCAAGUGGAGGAGUUUAAGUAUAUUGGGGUCUUGUUCACGAGAAGAAUGGAACGGGAGAUCGACAGGCGGUUCGGUGCAGCGUCUGCAGUGAUGCGGACUUUGUAUUGAUACAUUGUGAUAAAGAAGGCGCUAAGCCCUCGAUUUAUCGGUCGAUCUACAGUCCUACCCUUACCUAUGGUCACGAGCUGUGGGUCGUGAUUGAAAGAACAAGAUCCCGGAUACAAGCGGCCGAAAUGAGUUUCCUCCGCGGGGUGUCCGGGCUCUCCCUUAGAGAUAGGGUGAGAAGCUCCGUCAUCCGGGAGGAUCUCAGAGUACAGCCGCUGCUCCUCCACAUCGAGGAGCCAGAUGAGGUGGCUGGGGCAUCUGAUUCGGAUGCCUCCCUGGUGAGGUGUUCCGGGCACGUCCCCGGGGACGACCCAGGACACGCUGGAGAGACUACAUCCUUCGGCUGGCCUGGGAACGCCUCGGGAUCCCUCCGGAAGAGCUGGAUGAAGUGGCUGGGGAGAGGGAAGUCUGGGCGUCCCUGCUAAAGCUACUGCCCCCGCGACCCGACCCGGAUAAGCGGUAGAAAAUGGAUGGAUGGAUGGAAAUGUUAGAUUUUUCGAAAGAAAGAUGUCUCGCCUUCAAGAUGACGACUCAGCAGGAAUCAUCAGCGAGAAGGACGUGGCCGGUUGGAUGGAGUGGUUGGGGAGAGGGAAUUCUGGGCAUCCCUGCUAAAGCUAUUGCCCCCGCGAACUCGGAUAAGCGGUAGAAAAUGGAUGGAUUGGACCUGUGGGAUGUUUGAUGAGCAUUCCUCAACUUUCUCAGUCUUUUUUGCCACCUGUCCCAGCUUUUUUGGAAUCUGUUGCAGCCAUAAAAUUCUAAGUUAAUGAUUAUUUGCUAAAAUCAAUCAAGUUUAUCAGUUUGAAAAUUAAAUGUCUUUGUAGUGUAUUCAAUUAAAUAUAAGUUGAACAUGAUUUGCAAGUCAUUGUAUUCUGUUUUUAUUUGUUUAACACAAGGUCCCAACUUCAUUGGAGUUGGGGUUGUACAUAUGGCAACAAUCUCCUGUCUAAUUCGU